AUGACUGUUCAUAGUGGCCCUGACGACUCGUGGCAUGGGGUUGUUACUUCGGAUGGCCUGUUCCAGCCCGAGAAGGACCGCUACCAUCUGUACAUCGGACUCUUUUGCCCCUUUGCACACCGAGCAAAUCUCGUUCGACAUCUCAAAGGCCUUCAAGACAUCAUCAGCCUAUCCGUCGUGAAGCCAUACCCCAAAGGUGAUGAUAAGGGAUGGCCAGGUUGGCAGUUUCCGAGUCCUCCGGAUGAUCUCUAUGAAGGCGCCACUGAAGAUCGCCUCUUUCAGUCAAAGUAUCUACAUGAAGUUUAUUUCAAGGAUGACCCCGACUAUAAGGGGCGGUACAGUGUACCUGUUUUCUGGGAUAAGAAGGAGAAUCGCAUGGUCAACAAUGAGAGUCACGAAUUGCUCCGUUGGUUGCCAACAGCUUUCGAUUCUAUCCUCGACUCAAACGCUCCUGGGUGUGACCUGGAUCUUUACCCAGAGAACCUGAGAUCCGCGAUUGAUGGCAUCAAUGUUUGGAUGCAACGAGACCUCAACAGCGGCGUCUACAAAGCCGGCUUCGCAACGACUCAGGAGGACUACAAUAAUAAUGUGCCAACGGUCUUUGCGGCACUGAACAAGCUCGAGGCACUGAUUCACCAAAAUGGGGGCCCCUAUAUCCUUGGCAAACAGCUCACCGAAGUUGACAUACGCGCGUAUGCCACUGUCGUCAGAUUUGAUGUUGUCUAUGUUGGCCACUUCAAGUGCGACCUCGGAACUAUUCGCGCCAACUACCCAGUGAUUCAUGAGUGGCUCAAGAAUCUCUACUGGAAUGUUCCAGGGUUCAAAGAGACGACAGACUUUAGGCAUAUCAAAGAAAAUUACACAAAGAGUCAUUAUAAGAUCAAUCCGCUCGCUAUUACACCUCUCGGUCCAUUUCCCUAUAUCGAGGAAGGAGUCGACCUGGACUUUGGUAAGCUCACGCCAGGGGUGAUUCGUCACCCGGCUGUGCUUGAACGUCAAAAGGAGUUGUAUGGUUUGGAGGACUUUAGCCAAAGACUCUAA